AGCAGGAGCAUGGCAUCGUACCCAUAAUACUGGCAUUGUAGAAACCAGCGUUGCUUACAUUCCUUUCUGAUGCAAUUUCAGUACAUUUCAAAUUGCUGGUUUAUUGCCACAGUUGAUUUGCCAAUAUUCUAUUGCCUCAGUCCGUAGCCAUUUUGGGUCAAGCCAUUUCGGCUCAAGGUUCUUGUCCGAGCGGAGAGAGAGCGCAGCGCACGCACCGCCGUCUCGCGACGCGGAGCGACAUCGGACCCGCGAAAGCAAUGGCGGACACGAAUGCGGAGGACCAGAAGAUGACGCAGAGCGGCGUGCCAGAGGUUGAGGAUAUGGCUGGCUGCGGCCCGUGCAUGGUGAACCCACUGACCAAGGAGGGCCUCCUCGGCAACUACAGCUACCUGUACCUCUGCAUGCCGUCGAUGCCCUGGCAGAAGGGCGGGGUGGCGCCUCCGAAGUUCCUGGCGAAGGACGAGAAGCUCGGGCUGUUCCUCUCCCUGGUCAUGGGCCUCCAGCACGCGCUCGCCAUGGUCGCGGGCAUUGCCACCCCGCCGAGCCUCAUCGCCGGGGACGCGUGCUUCGCCUGGCAGAAGGACGAGAAGCUGUGCGAGGCGAAGGCGUACCUGAUCAGUGCGGCGUGGGCGGCCAGCGGCCUCCUCACCAUCGUCCAGGUGUUCCGGGCCAAGCUGUUCCGCGGCUUUUUCCUGGGGACCGGCCUGAUCUCCGUGAUGGGCACCAGCUUCACGUUUCUGCCGAUCGCGCGGGAGAUGGUGGUCGGGGAGAUCCUGGACAACCAGGCGGCCUGCGCGACCGUUGACGAUCCCGGCAUGGUGGGGUACGGGAAGUUCUUGGGGACGGCCAUGGUUGCAGCUGUCCUCGAGAUCGCGCUCGGGUUCUUGCCCGCGAGGGUGCACAAGAAGCUCUUCCCAGACGUCGUCUGCGGCGUCACGGUCAUGCUCAUCGGAGGCGGGUUGAUUGCCUCCGGGAUCAAGUACCUCGGUGGCGGCGUGUUCUGUGCCGAGAACGAUCUCAGCAGGGCCGCCUCCUUCGGCGGCCCGCAGCUCUGCAACGAGAACGGGGCGGUGGCGCUGACCUUCGGGUCCCCGCAGUACAUCGGGCUCGGCUUGACAGUGAUCGCCAUGUCGGUCUUCAUUCAGAUCUGGGGUUCGCCCUUCUUGAAGUCCACGUUCAUUUUCUGGUCGCUCAUGUUCGGCGUCAUCAUUGCCUCGCUGAUCUCGUACACAGCCGUGGCGGGUGACAAGGUCACGUGCACGGCGGAACCUGACGCGGCCUGCCUCGGAGGCUUCGCUGCCGCAACGGUGGGCAAACAAUAUUCUUUCUUUGACAGCGACGCCAUCGACGAGGCACCCGACUUCACGUACUUCCACAAGACGAAUUUCUUUGAGUACCUCGGCUUCGCCCCGGAGUAUCUCCUCCCGAUCCUCAUCGCCUACUUCGUGUCGGCGGCCGAGACCGUCGGCGACAUCGGGAUGUCCUGCGUGGCCUCGCAGAUCCCGGCGGAGGGGGAUGACUACAACUCGCGCAUCCAGGGCGGCCUGCUUGCAGACGGCGUCAACUCGGUCCUAGCGUGCCUCUUGAGUGCGCCCCCCAACACGACAUUCUCGCAGAACAACGGCGUCAUCGCCCUGACGCGCUGCGCGUCGCGCGCGGCGGGCUUCGGCUGCGCCUUCUGGCUGAUCGUCUUCGGCACCGUCGGCAAGUUCGGCGCGGCGUUCGCCUCCAUCCCGAUCUGCGUCGUGGGGGGCAUGGUGCUGCAGUGCUUCACGAUGGUCUUCGUGGCGGGGAUGCAGAUGGCGACGACCAAGAGGACGCGCCGAAAUUCGUUCAUCCUUAUGCUGUCGCUUGGCCUGGGCCUCGGCGUUGCCAUGAUUCCGCAACUGUUCGAGGGCGGCGGUGGAUUCUCGUUCUACGCGAAGAACUUGAAGUUCAACACGGGCUUUUGGCCGGAGAAGUACGUCUGCGAGGAGUUCAAUACUGGCACCGACGACCUCGGCAACAGUUUCACGUACGACGAGACAUAUGUCGACGCGUGCUCGAACAUGAACGGCGCCUGCUGCAAGUGCUACAGGCGUGAGUUGAGAGGAGUCCGCACGGCCGUCAUCAUGAUGCUGAAGACCCCUUACUGCAUCGGCUUCCUCGCCGCCGUGAUCCUGAACCUCAUCAUGCCAGAGGACAUGGACGACGAGAAGGCGGACGGGGACAGUGAGCUUCCGGCGGAGAACGGGGACGCGGCGGAGGCCAUCUGAGGCGGGGCUCGCCGCGGUCCAGGGGCGGGG